AUGUUUCACCUCCCUCUCUCUCCAUUGAUUAAACUAAAGCUCACACCAUACAUGAAAAAAAGUUUACCUGAGCAGCUAUAUAUAGUGCUUGAAAAUCUUGCAGUUCUGGGGAAACAAGGAUCAAAUGACCACGACCUAAAGAAGGCAUCAAUUCACCUAAUCACUCGUGAUGUAGGAGUAAUAUCCUUUGCCAGAGACCCACCACCUCCUCCUCAAAGCGGUAAUGAUCAAGUCAUCAAACACUUCUCAACAUCUAUAUUUCGAUCAACUUUCCCCGAUUAUAAAUUUUGCUCCAUAAUUCCAACAAGUGAAUUGUUGUUCAGGCCGCCAGUACCCCCUUCGCUAUCAAAACUAGAGACACUGUCUGGAAUCGAGUUACUACAAACUAACAUUGGUGUCCAAGGCAUGAACAAACUGUAUAACAUGGCUCGACAACAAAACUCGCAAGUAGUUGAAGAAAGUCUGCACAACGCGAAUCUAAGAGAUAACACAGUGCAUCAAACCUCCAUCCAAAGGAAUCAUCAGCCACCGAAUUUUUCACCGUGCACCUCCCUCGACUCGCCGGAAGCUCCUCCAGCCACCUCUAACAACCACCGCACAAAGGCCGCAGGCACCACUCUCUCUGAUUGCAAAAGUCGUACUCCUCCUCUGUCUGUUUUGCUCUCCGAUUGUGAUUCUUUAAGCUUCUUCAAUCUCCUCUUCUCUUCAAGAGGUACAUUCUAUGGUGUUUGA